GGAUACAAAUUUGCUUUUUCCUGAGUCGGUUGACUGUGAGGGAAAUAAAUGUUUGAGAGGGUUUUUUUAUACGUAUAUUCUGGAGGCGGAUUCGCCCCAGAGACAGGAAAAGCCUUGCCUGGCUUCUCCUUAACCAUAGAGUUGGGAGAGAAGGAGGAGGCUAGAGCGCCCGGAAGAAGAAACAUCCGGGUUCCUCUCGGGAACCGCCGGCCGCCGGAAGGAGCGGCCCCGGCGUCGCCUAACGCGUUGCCCGCCCCGCGCCUCUUUCCGCUAUUCGGAUUAAAUGCACUGGCCGCUAAAGAAGACUCGGUGGGCGCUCUGCGUCGGUGUCUAUCGUCCGGGAGUCAGAGAGAACGAGCCAGCCGCGAGAACUGAUGCGCAUGCGCAUGAGCAGGUGAAACUUCUUUUCAAACCCUCUUCUGCAGCCAAAGCCUCGCCAGCCUCCGAGGCCCCAGUUGCGCCAGGGGGCGCAUCGUAUGCAGACUAUGUCGUUGGACAAGUGGCGGCCUCCUCAGCUCCUCAGGUGAAGCAAGGAGCACCUGUUGCCACAACCGCCGCCUCUGCUCUCCCAAGAGUGCCCCCUCCACAUUGCGAAAACAAGAGCCUCCCUGUUGUGCAAAGCGCAACGGAAGACAGAGCACCCCCCUUGAACCCAGCGCCAAAGCCAGGAACCAAACACAACAGCAUCAUCGUCAGCCCCCGUCAGAGGGGGAACCCUAUCCUGAAGUUCAUCCGCAAUGUGCCCUGGGAGUUUGGCGAGAUUGUCCCGGAUUACGUGCUGGGCCAAAGCACCUGUGCCCUUUUCCUGAGUCUCCGGUACCACAACCUGAACCCCGGCUACAUCCAUGAACGCUUGCGCCACCUCGGAAAGACAUACAUGCUGCAGGUGCUGCUGCUUCAGGUCGAUGUGAAAGACCCACACCAGGCACUGAAGGAGCUGGCCAAGAUCUGCAUCCUCGCUGACUGUACCCUCAUCCUGGCCUGGAGCCCAGAGGAAGCAGGACGCUACUUGGAAACCUACAAAGCCUACGAGCAGAAGCCGGCCGACUUGCUGAAGGAGAAAGUGGACCGGGACUACCUGUCAAGAGUGACAGACUGCCUGACCAGCGUGAAAUCGGUGAACAAGACAGACACCCUGAGCCUGCUCACCACCUUCGGAUCGCUGCAAAGCAUCAUCCAAGCUUCCAAGGAGGAUCUGUCCCUGUGCCCAGGGAUCGGGCCCCAAAAGGCCAGAAGGCUCUUUGACGUCCUGCACCAGCCAUUCCUCAAAGCUGCCAAGUGAGCCGGGGCCUCCGUGGCGAGAAGACCAGGAGCAUGUUCUCUGCAAGUCUGUUGUCUGGCGCCCCGUCCCCCCACCCCUCAAACCUCCCAGCUCAAAAACUCAGCUGCCUGCAGUGCCUUGAGGGAGCCCAGCAGAGGAGCACAACCUCCUGGAAGGGGACAAAACCUUUUAUUUUUCCAGCAGCCAACGAUAUUUCUCUUUUUCCCCACCCACUUUGCAAUAAAACAACCACUGUGUGGCAAAACCCA